UCCGCGGCGGCCGGCGCCGGGGCUUCCCUUUGUCCGGGCGGGCGUCGCUGGGGCGAGGGAAGCCGCGGGCUCGGGCGGCUGCGGGGGGCGGCGGCGACCGGGUGGCCGGGGUCGCGCUCGGCCGCGUUCCUCCUUCCCACCCCCCUUCCCGGGUCGCCGGCGGCGGCGGCUCGCGCCAGCCCCAGCCCGUGCCCCCCUCUCGUGUCCCGGCCGAGGCGAUGCCGGACCAGAUCUCCGUGUCGGAAUUCGUGGCUGAGACCCAUGAGGAUUACAAAGCGCCCACCGCCUCCAGCUUCACCACCCGCACCACCCAGUGCCGGAACACGGUGGCGGCCAUCGAGGAGGCUUUGGACGUGGAUCGUACAGUUCUUUACAAAAUGAAGAAAUCGGUGAAAGCAAUAAACAUCUCUGGAUUGGCACACGUGGAAAACGAAGAACAAUAUACACAAGCCCUGGAGAAAUUUGGUGGCAAUUGUGUGUGCAGAGAUGAUCCAGAUUUAGGAAGUGCAUUCCUGAAGUUUUCGGUGUUUACAAAGGAACUGACUGCACUUUUCAAGAACCUGAUUCAGAAUAUGAACAACAUAAUUUCUUUCCCUUUGGACAGUUUGCUGAAAGGAGACCUGAAAGGAGUAAAAGGGGAUCUGAAAAAGCCUUUUGACAAAGCUUGGAAGGACUAUGAAACAAAAGUGACAAAAAUAGAAAAGGAGAAAAAGGAACAUGCCAAACUUCAUGGAAUGAUUCGCACUGAAAUAAGUGGAGCUGAAAUUGCUGAAGAAAUGGAGAAAGAAAGGAGGUUCUUCCAGCUACAAAUGUGCGAGUACUUACUAAAGGUUAAUGAAAUCAAGAUUAAAAAAGGAGUUGAUUUACUUCAGAACCUGAUCAAAUAUUUUCAUGCACAGUGCAAUUUCUUCCAGGAUGGACUAAAAGCUGUUGAAACCCUCAAACCCUCCAUCGAAACUCUUUCAACGGAUCUUCACAUAAUCAAACAGGCCCAGGAUGAAGAAAGGAAGCAGUUAAUACAGCUACGAGAUAUUUUAAAAUCAGCACUCCAGGUUGAACAAAAAGAGUCUAGGAGAGAUUCACAAAUUCGGCAAAGUACAACCUAUAGCUUACACCAGCCUCAGGGAAAUAAGGAACAUGGGACUGAAAGGAAUGGUAAUCUCUACAAGAAAAGUGAUGGUAUCAGAAAAGUAUGGCAAAAGAGGAAGUGCUCAGUUAAAAAUGGUUUUCUGACAAUAUCCCAUGGUACCGCUAACCGUCCUCCUGCGAAACUUAAUCUCUUAACCUGCCAAGUGAAAACAAACCCAGAAGAGAAAAAAUGUUUUGACCUCAUAUCACAUGAUAGAACAUACCACUUCCAAGCAGAAGAUGAACCGGAGUGUCAAAUAUGGAUGUCUGUGCUACAGAAUAGCAAAGAAGAAGCUUUAAAUAAUGCAUUUAAAGGCGAUGACAACACUGGAGAAAAUAAUAUUGUCCAGGAGCUGACAAAGGAGAUUAUAUCAGAGAUCCAAAGGAUGACUGGAAAUGAUGUCUGUUGUGACUGUGGAGCACCAGAUCCCACCUGGCUUUCCACAAAUCUGGGCAUUCUGACGUGCAUUGAGUGUUCUGGGAUCCAUCGAGAGCUGGGUGUUCACUACUCAAGGAUGCAGUCGCUCACGUUGGACGUGUUAGGAACCUCAGAGCUUCUGCUUGCCAAGAAUAUUGGGAAUGCAGGUUUUAAUGAGAUUAUGGAAUUUUGUCUGCCAGCUGAGGACUCUGUCAAGCCCAACCCAAGCAGCGACAUGAAUGCGAGAAAAGACUACAUCACUGCCAAGUACAUUGAGAGGAAAUACGCAAGGAAGAAACAUACGGACAAUACGGCUAAACUACAUAGCCUUUGUGAGGCUGUGAAAACCAGGGACAUCUUUGGGUUGCUCCAAGUAUAUGCCGAUGGUGUAGAUCUGACAGAAAAAAUCCCUCUCGCCAAUGGACAUGAGCAAGAUGAAACUGCUCUCCAUCUUGCAGUCAGAUCAGUGGAUAGAACGUCCCUUCAUAUAGUAGACUUCUUAGUUCAAAACAGUGGGAACCUGGACAAACAGACAGGGAAAGGCAGCACAGCCCUCCACUACUGUUGCCUGACGGACAAUGCUGAGUGCCUAAAACUGCUGCUCAGGGGGAAAGCCUCCAUUGAAAUAGCCAAUGAAUCAGGAGAGACGCCGCUUGACAUUGCUAAACGCUUAAAACAUGAACACUGUGAAGAACUGCUCACUCAAGCAUUAUCUGGGAGGUUUAAUUCUCAUGUUCAUGUGGAAUAUGAAUGGCGAUUGCUCAAUGAAGACCUAGAUGAAAGCGAUGAUGACGUGGAUGAAAAAUUGCAGCAGCCCAGCCCCAAUCGGCGAGAGGACAGGCCCGUCAGUUUUUAUCAACUGGGUUCCAGCCAGCACCAGUCGAAUGCAGCAUCUUUGGCUAGAGAUGCUGCUAACAUCGCUAAAGACAAACAGAGAGGCUUUAUGCCUAGCAUUCUACAAAACGAGACCUACGGAACCAUCCUCAGCAGCAGCCCCCCACCUUCACAGUCCACCGCACCCCCACUACCUCCCCGGAAUAUUGGCAAAGUUCAGCCUCCCAUCCUGGGCACUGGUGUUCAGACAACCUCCUCAGCUAACACCUCGUGGAAGACAAAUUCUUUAAGUGUGGACAGUGUAAGCAGGCAGCGAUCUUCGUCAGAUCCGCCAGCUAUCCAUCCACCGCUGCCCCCUCUUCGAGUGACAUCUACGAAUCCCUUGAGUGCAACACCACCACCUCCUGUGGCAAAAACAGCCAGUGUGAUCGAGGCCUUGAACCAGCAGCAAUCCAAGCCGCCCCACACAACAGCCCUACAGUCCAAGUCCACGCCACCACCCCUGCCUCCGCAGCCACCUAGUCGAAUCAUGCAGAAAAAACCAACUCCUGGCGUUGACAGGUCGUCCCCUUUGAUCAACAAAGGCCAACCUAAAGGACCAGCAGGGGAGAUGUCUGAAGUGUCCAGUCUUACGUCCAACACAUCCUCGGGUUUGCAGCCACCAGCACCCAUGCCAAGGAAGUCACAGAUAACGAAGACAAAACCCAAAAGAGUAAAAGCUCUCUACAAUUGUGUAGCAGAUAACCCUGAUGAGCUAACAUUUUCAGAGGGGGAUAUGAUCAUCGUGGAUGGGGAGGAGGACCAAGAGUGGUGGAUUGGCCACAUUGAUGGAGAUCCUAGUCGCAAAGGAGCUUUUCCUGUAUCAUUUGUGCACUUUAUUGCAGACUGAAUUGCUACUGAACAAAAAAUAGGAAGAAAUUUCUCAUUUUCAUCUUAUACAAGUCAACAUUUAUGUCCCAGUCUCACUACUGGUUCCAAAACUUUUUCCCAGAAAACCAGUUUCUCGAGUUGUAUUAGUACUGUAAUCAGCCUUCUUUAAUGCCAUUGUUCUGGUUUCAAACCCUGGACACAGUUUUUAUAUGUAAAUGAUUUUUAAGGAAGUUUUGUUUUCUUCAUGAAUAGUCAUUUAUAUUCUUUCUCAAAGAUACAUUUUUGCAUUUUUAUUUUUAAAGGUGAACUGAAAAAAAAAUUUUAACUAACAUCUCUGAACCCAAACCAGCAGAAUUCAGUGUACCAGCUUAACAUAAAGAUGUUUAUUUUGAAACAUGAGGUUUGGAAAUAAAUCCCUCUUGACUUGUCA